GAUCCGGAUGGGAGCUUGCGCAUAAAUGGCAGAAUCGAUGCCGCAUACUGUCUGCCGGAGUAUACACGCCGUCCAAUUAUUAUACCGCAGAGACAUCGCCUUGCGUCUCUCGUCUUGGAUCACUUUCAUCGGAAGAAUCAUCACCAAAACAACAGGUUAACGAUCAAUGAAAUGCGUCAGCGCUUUUGGGUGCCACAUGCACACGCCGUACUGAAAGCUGUAAUAAAAGGAUGUCCAGUGUGUGUACGUCAGUCGGCCAAGCCGACCACGUCUUUGAUGGGUCAGCNAUGGGUCAGUUACCACCCGAUCGUCUAACACCAUAUGUCCGCCCGUUUUCCUAUACGGGAAUUGAUUAUUGCGGCCCGUUCUUCGUCAGCAUUGGUCGACGACGUGAGAAGCGUUGGAUCGCCGUCUUCACCUGCCUAACCACAAGAGCGAUUCAUCUCGAAGUGUCAGUCGAUCUUUCAACCGACGCAUUCUUGCUUUGUUUGCGAAAUUUCGUGAACCGCCGGGGAGUACCAGUUCGCAUAAGAAGCGAUAACGGGACCCACUUUGUUGGAGCACAACAUGACUUGGCAAAAGACGAGAGAAUUUUCGAUUUUGAAGCUAUUCAACGUGAAACGUCACGGGACCGGAUCGAAUGGAAAUUCAGUUGUCCAGCCAACCCAGCCGAAGGUGGGUGCUGGGAACGCCUGAUCCAGUGUGUCAAGCGAAUCCUUCAUCGUGUAUUAAAGGAAGAGGCCCCUCGACUGGAGACCUUUUGUAGCGUGAUCAUUGAAGCCGAAAACAUUGUCAACAGUCGCCCGUUGACAGACAUACCGUUGUCGGCACAGAGCCCAGAACCACUGACUCCAAACCACUUUCUUCUGGGAGGCCUCAAUCCUACGCAGACUCCUGGCGAUGCCGACGAGAAGGUGUGCCUCCGAAAGCAGUGGAGGAUCGCGCAAAACUUAAAAGAUCGCUUAUGGAAGCGAUGGAUCAACGAGUACCUACCACAACUUCUGACGCGUUCAAAAUGGCAUAAAGAAGCUACUCCUCUUCAACCAGGACAGCUAGUAUUGGUUUGCGACCCGCACUUGCCACGAGGCCAGUGACAGACCGGCCGCAUCACCGAAAUCAUUAAAGCGAAAUACGGUCAAGUGAGAAGCGCCACGGUACAAACCAGUGGUGGAACUAUUCGUCGUCCAGCCUCGAAGCUAGCCGCUCUGGAGUUUGCGAAUCCCCACUAGGAUUCGCCGCGGGGUGGGAUGUUAACGCCACCUACAUGUCAACUACAACAUCCAUCCGGCAGUACCAGAUAAUUUUAUGUUACCGCUAUGUCAUUUUCGAACAUUUAUGUAUUUACUUAUUUACUUAUAUUUUACUUGUCCUAUAUUUGUCCUUUAAUUGUUCAAAGUCAUUCGCAGCGCAAAAGCCGACGAGAACAUACCACAUAAAACCCGCGCCUAACGCGGUUUUCUGUAAUUCGCGCCAAUCGCGGUUGAUGUAAUAGUUUGUAGACCAAAACCAAAAUUUUACUUAAA